UAAAUUAAAGCCGAAAGAUUCGAGCAGUACCUGCAGUAGUUUGGAUAGAUUUCCAAGUUUACAAUGAAGUUCCUUGUUGUCCUUUUUGGCCUUGUAUGUGCCUUGGCCCAUGGGUUACCGAACGUAGUAAAGGUAGACUCACUCCAUCCGGCUUAUGCAAAUGAUUUAGAAACCCUGCCAUCCGACAGUGAGGACACCAGGAUAACCAACAGUGAGGACGCUUUCGUCGAUGAAUUCCCUUAUCAGGUUUCCAUUGAGUGGGGUGACAAUGAACCGACCGAACACUUCUGCGGUGGUAGCAUCAUUUCAGAAUCGGUGGUACUCACGGCUGCCCAAUGUCGUUAUGACUACGGUACCUAUUCCAUCGUUGCUGGAAUUUUCAAUCGAGUUAGAAAGGGCGUAUCUGCUCAAAGGCGAGGUGUCGACAAAUUUGUCAUUCACGAAAAGUAUUCCAAUAGAGUAGGCCUGUAUGACAUUGCCCUAAUAAAGGUGGACUCACCCUUCGUGUUUACUUCUUCCGUUCAGCCUGUUCAACUUCCUAAACGAGGACUCAAUCCUUCUGGAAUUGGCAUCAUUAGUGGAUGGGGAAGGACGUUUUAUAAUUCUGUUCGCCCAGACGUUCUGACAUACGCCGCCGUACGAAUUAUAUCUAACAGGGAUUGCGCUCAAACAUUGAUCAGUUAUGUCGGAUCUUCCAGUCCUUUGGACGAUACCCAAUUUUGUACCAGUGCUACUGAGUCUGAUGGAAAUGAAAAGACGUCAGUUUGCGAUGGUGACAUCGGUGGUCCAUUUGUCCAAGGCUAUGUCCAAGUGGGUAUUAUCUCUUGGGGUAUCACACCAUGCGGCACUACUAGAACACCAUCCGUUUACGUAAAACUUUCCCUCUAUGUGGAUUGGAUUAACGCUCAACUUGCACAGUUGUGAAAUAUGCUGCUCCUUUGACUAUUAAACUAAGACUAAGAAAUAAA